UUAACUUUCCUUCUAUUUCGAUUUCAGCGCUCUUUCCUCCUAUAUAUUACGUCUCUUAAGAGCAUUUCCCUUCACCUCGUUCGUUCAUAAAUAUCGCUCUUUUUUUCUCCACCAAAACAUGCAGUAGUAGUACUAGGCUGUCAAACCUCUUUGGGAAACAUACAAAUUUCAACUACUUUUGCGAAAGCAUGUUGACAAUGGAAGAGAUUCUGUGUGAGCUCGCCGGGGAAGACAUAAGCGACCAAGGUUUUCCACCGGGGUUUAGGUUUCACCCAACCGACGAAGAGCUCAUAACCUUUUAUCUUGCUUCCAAGGUGUUUAAUGGAAGCUUCUGCGGCGUCGAUAUUGCAGAAGUUGACCUCAACAGAUGUGAGCCAUGGGAGCUUCCAGAUGUGGCAAAGAUGGGAGAGAGAGAGUGGUACUUCUUCAGCUUGAGGGACAGGAAGUACCCGACCGGUUUAAGGACGAACAGAGCAACCGGAGCUGGGUACUGGAAAGCCACAGGCAAAGACAGGGAAGUUUACAGUGCGUCCAGCGGAGCCCUACUUGGGAUGAAGAAGACCCUGGUUUUCUACAAGGGCAGAGCCCCACGUGGCGAGAAGACUAAGUGGGUCAUGCACGAGUACCGCCUUGAUGGUGACUUCUCCUACCGUCACACGUGUAAGGAGGAAUGGGUGAUUUGCAGGAUUUUUCACAAAAAAGGGGAGAAGAGAAACACACUUCUUCAAGGACAAAGCUACCUCUUGGAAGCUGCUUCAUCGGCCACCAGUGGUUCCUUGCCUCCAUUGCUAGAAGAAGCUCCAAAUACAUUAUUAGAAUGUCAAUUGCAGGAUCUCCAAAACUCUCUUCUGAUAAAUAACCAAGAUGACCUCAAAAGCCUAAUACACCCAAUUGUCUCCCAAUCUAACCCAUUCCCAAUAAAUGGUUUCCUACCUUCCUUCUCUUCCAGCACCACCACUGCAACAACCAAAAACACAAACACCGACAACAACCUAUCACAGUCACCAUUACCCUCGAUACUCUCCAAGUCCCUUCUCUCACAUCAAGAUUGCAGUACUUAUAAGGAACAGAUCACUAUUCAGAAACAGUGUAAGACAGAGGCAAACUUUUCCCACUUCCAAAUGCCAGCCGAUGCAAACUUGCAAUGGAUGGACAGGAUUCAAACAAGCACAAAUCAAUAUCAAAAUUCCUUGCUCGUUGAAAUUGAUUGUGGCUUGUUGGGGCUCUCUGCAUUUGCUUCUGCUUCUGCUAUAGAUGCCCCUGUUAAUGCCCUGCCCACUUCAGUUGCUCUCAACAGCAGUGGCUUUUAGCUGAUGUAGGAUCAUCCAAACAGGAUCCCCGGAGAAUCUUGGUCUUCAGUGCUUAAAUUCUUCUAGUUCAACUUUUAUAUUAUUAGUUUAGAUAUACAUAUAGUAUCUACAGAAUCUAUCAAUCUGAUGUGUAUGUACUGUUUCUAUAUAUAUGUAGAGAGCCAACUCCAUAGUGUCCAUCCAUGCACACCAAAAUGUAUUAUUGGACAGUUUCUGCAGCUGAAGAUUGAGGAGCGCUGUUUUAUUACUAUUAUUGUACAAAAAUCGAUUCCUUUUGAGAUUUUCUCCA